GUUUUGUGCACAUCGUUUAAAUUACUUCCUUCCUUCCGCGUUCCGCCAACAUAGCUCUAAAUAACAAAGUUUAUUCAAACACAACUAAUUCUUAGGGAUCUGGACAGCGAAUUUCAGGGUUUAUGUGAUGUAAAUCUUGAAGCUUGUUGGUGUAUAUAUAAAAGCGCAAAACUUUCUAACAUUGGGAAAGAUGGAUCUUGUUAGAAUUACUAUUAGUAGUUGGAGAGCCAACUGUCUGCACAUGGAUUAAUUAAUGGGGUGCUUCUUCAACAUGAAAACUAUGCCAGAAAGUAGUUGACCUAAGUGCUCUGCUCUAUUUCCCCACUAUUCUAUAUCUGAACUUUCAUAAAUAUGGAUGUAGACCCAUGAUAUUAUUAAGAGUUAAAUUCUGCAAUUGUUGAGGCAAAAGGAACAAUCGCUUUUUGGCUGCUUAAGUCUCAUACCCUAGUCCUAUAGCAUUGGUGUGAGAGCUUACUAGUUUUCUCUCUGUGCAAAAAUGAGGGCAAGAUUUCCAUUCACAGUGCUUUUUGGCACAAUUGUGAUGAUUUUAAUGUUGGGAAAUGGGUAUGGGGAGGGAGAAAGCAACAGUACUUCUUCAUGUGUGAACUCACUAAUACCAUGCACUGCAUAUGUGACCAAUGCCAGUGCAGCCAAGCCCCCUUCUUCUUGCUGUGGUCCUUUGCUGAGUGCUCUUGUGAAGCAAACACAAUGUCUCUGUAAUUUGCUGAAUUCUAAUGCCAUAGCCUCCUUAGGGGUCACCAAUGUUUCUGAAGCACUGGAUUUGCCUGCAAAGUGUGGCAGUAACCUGACAACAAGCAUUUGUACUACAAAAGAAAAUGGCAACAAAGAGACUCCUAGCAAUGGCACCACCCCAUCACAAGGAGAUACUAGUGCCUCUGCUUCCUCAAGCCAUCUUCCAACCGCAGAAGUAUUAGCCCUAUUCUUAAUGGCCUUGCUUCUAUCACCCAAAAUUUUAGACUUCUAGUCAUGGCCACUGUCAAAGGGAAGUGAGGCAAUUUUCCUGAAGAUUAUUAUGCUGUAUCAACCUGGUUAUCUCUUCAACUGGCUGCUUCCCUCUUGCAUUGAAAGUGCAUCACAAUGCCUCUAAUAAACUUGGAUCUAUUAAGUUAAUGAUGUAAUAUCUAGCAGUCAUGGGUCUUUAUAAUGUAGUAUAUAAGUAGUGUUAUGUUAAAAGUGUUUAUCAUGGCACUCCAAAUGGCUGUUACAGUACUAUCAUAAUCACAGUUUAAUAUAUAAAAAGUGUUUUCUUAA